GGCGGAAGGGGGAUGGGAAGACCGCAGAACGGCUACGGCGGGCGCGGCAGCGGAUACGGUAACUACAGCGGCGGCUAUGGAGGCAAUGACGGCUACGGUGGCGGGUAUGGGGGAGGCUACGGGGACCAAAUGGAGGGCUACGGCGGUGGUAACGGCUACAAUGACUUUGGCAGCGGCUAUGGCCAGCAGUCCUCUGGUUAUGGCCCAAUGAAAGGUAAUUACUCGGGCAGAAGCAACGCUCCUUACUCCCGAGGAGGAGGAGGUGGUGGUGGUGGUUACGGCAGGGGGGGUUACGGAGGCUCGUAUUAGGAGCGUAUAUUAGGUCACAAAUUAAGAGCAGCUCCUUCCCCAGCCCACAUCACAGUUUUGACCACACAUUAUCUUCAGCUAAGUAGCCAGAUUGAGCCACCUUAAUGAGGCAUGGCAUUGACUGAAACACUCGAGCUCCAUUCAGGAGUUCACAACUUUAUCCAGCCUAGCAGAUCAUAGGUAACGUUAGGGCUCACCUAUCCGACUUUACUCAACAUCUCACAGCUGUUACUGCUACUACUACACAUCCUUUUGCUCUUUUCCCUGAAGUACUAGGGAGUUUUUUUCCCCAGCAAGACAUAGGACUACUACUCCGGAUCUCUACUUAUUAUAAGACUGGCCAGUGGUGUCUUGGCAGGCUACUUGUUCGGGAAACUGUUACUCACGUUUUUUGUGCUUUGGGGUUAAGUUAAGAGUAGUAGUUUUUGCUUGUUAAUUAUUGUAUGCAUGCGUUUAUCUACUUUUAGUAUAUGUAUUGUAUUUUUAUUGUGUGUUUUCUUUUUAAUACAUUAUAGGGUUGCAAAACGAUGAAUCGCAUUCAAAAUACAUGUUU